AUGGCGACGACGCAGACUGAGGCAACCUCCACGCCGUCCACGACGUGGGGCAGAGCAGAAACCUGCUUCACGCGAGAAGAAGAAGGGACGCCUCGCAGCGGAAGCGAACACGCGAGACGCGAUGGCGCGCAGGCACACUCCCGACGCUUCAGCGACACUCUGGCGACGCUCGCGAAAACCGCGCAGGAAAGUCUGGUGCGCCUGCCUCCCUCCCUGCGGAGAAGGCGCAGCAGACUGCGCACGCCCCAUCGACGCGAGAGCAGAGGAGACACUUCCUCGUCGUCCCCUCCCUCUCGCUGGCUCUUCCCCCCCGACCCGGCAACCACAGACGACGCGGCCUCUUUUGUGCUCGCUGAGGACACUUGGAUGCCUGUCCUGGAUGAAAGAGAGGUGAGCGCAGCAAGCUGCACUGGGGCUCGGACGCGCUCUGAGGCGUCUGUGGGGGCGCCCGAAGAAAUGGAGCUGUGGGGUUGCGCCGACUCUGGAGAGACGGACGCGCGGCGCGAGGACGCGCCGACAAAGAGCGACGAGGAAGCGAAGCAGCCGCAACACCAGCUGUCCCCUCGCACCGUCGCCCAAGAAGGGAACGCUACGCGGGCGGCGUUGCAACAUUCCCUCGACAGACAGAGAGAAGGCCUCAAGGCUCUGAUGCAUCACCAGCGCGUGCUGCAUCGGGCCCUGUGGGUUUCAGGCCUGUCUCUGGGGCCUCCGAGCGUGGCUCCGACCUCGCCCGAAGAAACAGGGACUGGAGCCCCAGACCUGGAGACGGCGCGGGACGCUCUCGCCUCUCAGGCGACCAGCUGUUCGAGGUCGGCUCAGCAGCCCAGCGCAAGCCGCUCUUCCGUGUCUCCUCCGUCUCCUCGGUUCUCGUCGGGCGCCUCUCACCGCGUUUCCUGUGGGUCCUUCCCUUCUUCCGGGCCGAUGCAUGCGCCCUCUCUGCAUGCGCCUUCUCUGCAUGCACCUUCUUUGCAUGCGCCACGCCUGGCCGCGGGCGCCUUUUCACCACCCACUGGGAGAGAGCCGGUCGAAGAGGCCAGGGCCAGGGGCGAGGACCAGGCCCCGGCGAGCACGGACAGGCCUGCGCAGGUCGCGAACGUCGAGAUGCGGAGGCAACAAGACUUGCUGGCGGCGCUCCUGACCCAGCAAACGCACCUCCAGGAGCAACUCGCGCAUCUCCUGCAUCCACAGCCGGCGCCCUUUCCCGGGACCUGGAACCCUGCGGAUCAGCUCUUCCUCAGGCCGAGGCUCGAGUCGAGUUCGCUUCCUGUCUUUGCCAGUCCGGCUUUUCUCCCUCGCUCCACCGAGAGGUUUCCACCCUGCUGCCCCUGGCCGCCUGAGGCCACGUGCGCGCCGCCCUGGCCUUCCCCGACUGCCUUUUUUCCCUCUCUCGCUGCCUCCUCCUGUCCUCCGGCCCCGCCGUCUUCGCCAACCCACCUGUUCCCUCACGAGGCCUUCGUACCUCGCUCUUCUCUCUCGCCGCUCGCCCCGUCGCCGCUCGCCCCGUCGCCAUGGUCCUACACGCCGUACCCGGCCUGUGCGGCUCUCGGGGCUGCUGCCGGCGGACCGACGAGUCCGUCGCGUUCCUCGCCGGAGCAACCUGGAGACAGCCUCGCCACGGACGAAGACCGAGCAGAAGCGACUUCCAGCUCCGGAUCGCUUGCUCUGCCGUCGCUCGCGGAGUCGGCGCAGGAAGAAGCCCCCGAAAACGCCCACGAGAAAAGGGGACAGAUGCUUGCCUGCGGAGACAGGCGAGACCGACUGGAGCUUCGCGGCGCGUCUCUGCGAUCUUCAGAUGUUCUCCACGCCCUUUUCGAGGAGCGCGUCGCGCCCCCAGAUGCGCACGCGGGCGUAGAUCACAUGCGCCCUCCGCCCGAGGCGACGCUUUGCUCGCCUCACGCCUCGAGAAGCCGGCAUGGGACAGCUGUAAAUACAGCUGUGCUCAGAAGCGCGGCGCUCUCUCGCAGCGGUCCUGCGGCCUCGGGAAUCGCCGACAAGGCUCCCGAGGCGGCCGAAAGCGGCGACGCGACGCGCCGGAUGCCCCUCGCCCCGCGCGCUGCAGCCGCAGGGACGGAGCGUCUGGACGCAAAGGAGAACGCAACGGGAGCGCGUUGCGAACUGGGCGACGGCGCGGCAGAUCCCCAGUUCGGCGCGCCCUCUGGAGAGACGAAAAAUCUGCCUAGGGCGGGAGACGCGCGGGAGAAAGUCCGAGACGACGGGUUCUCAACUGCCUUUCUCUUGAGUCAGCAGAAACUGCUUCAGCUCCAGAUUCUGUAUCUCCAGAGGCAGAUGGAGGAGUAUGAACGUCCGGGCGGUCGAGGGCAUCGCGGCGCACCCGUCUCUCGGGACAGACCGGGCAGUAGCUCGGGGUCUCCUCCGUCUCCACACCCAGAAAAGGCGCCUGCUGCUUCGCCUGCCGCUCCGCCUGCUGCUUCGCCUGCCGCUCCGCCUGCUGCUUCGCCUGCCGCUCCGCCUGCUGCUUCGCCUGCCGCUCCGCCUGCUGCUUCGCCUGCCGCUCCGCCUGCUGCUUCGCCUGCCGCUCCGCCGGCUGCUCCGCCGCUUGAAAGCGUCGCGCCUGAACCACUUGAGCGGACUUGUCGCGAAGGAGGCGCGCGCCUUCCGGGGGCCUCCGCCCCUCCAGAGAGAGACACCGAGACGGGACCUGCCUGCAUGCGCGCUGGGACCCGACUCUUCCCGCAGCAGCGUCCAGUCAUUGUCAGCUUUGAGGGGUGUUCGGCCGUCUGCUCCCCGUCCGCCUUUUCGAGUCCCCUUCCGGCUUCAGCUUUUCACACUCCGCCCGAAGGCGCGGCGCGCCUGCCUGCGGAGGGGCAUUUUCAGCCUGCACGGCGCGUCGUGAACCACGAGGACCAGAUCGUUCCCAGCUUGCUGAAGAAGCUGCGUGAGCAACGCGACGACCCUUCCUCGCUGCGCAGUUCUUUCCCUCCUGCAACUCCUGCUCGCCUCGCCGGCAGCUGUUGGUGGGACGCGCGGCGACCGCAGAAACUCGGCAAGAAACAGAGGCCGACCGAAACAGACACCCCACAAAACAGCUGCGCCGACUGUCCGUUCUCCUCGGCUUUGUCUUGUCCUUCCCCGCCCUGUUCGGCUUCUUCUGACCAGACCGAUGGCCAGAGGAAGCGACAGACGAAUUUUCUGCGGAGUCGGCGAGAGCGGCGAGUGGACCAGAAAGAAAUUGCUGCGUUGGGAAGCCCCGACAUCUCCAAAGUCGAGAGCCGCGUCAAGGCCUUUUGGAGCGGCGGCGCGGUGGACGACGCGAGCUUGCAGAUCCCCGCGGGACGCAACAGAACUAAGACGGGAACGCGUGAAGACCGACUCGCCAGUCUGCAGGCUCUCAGCGGCAGAGGGACCGCCCAACAGCCAGACGGCGCUGAGCAACUCGCAGGCCGCCGCUCUCGCCUUAGACAACGGGUCGUCGUUUCCCUUCCCGCGCCUUCCCCGCCUCGCUCAUCCUCCGCUUCUUCUGCAUGCCCAGCCCCGUUUUCGCUUCCGCACUGCUCAUUGGCUGAGGGAAACGCCGAGGGACAGCAUGCUCAAGAAGUUGGAGAAGACGGGAGCGACAUGCAUGAGGAAAAGUCGAGGUCUCACUCCACGGGUGCACAUACAGCAGGGGUACAAGGCCACGAUGGCGAGACGCCCAGCGACGCAUGCAGGCCGACGGAACCACGCACUGAGGGGAGAAAGAGCGGGGACACGGGCGACGGAGACGUUGGCGAAAGCGUCUCGUCUCCAGAGAAAAGACACGGGGAGAAACAUCACGAAACGGAUGGCGCCGUGUCUCCACGUUUGAACUGGAGCAAAGAAACUGCCGAGCUUCUCCGGGAGUUUUCGGAACAGCAGCACGCAAUCGCAGAAGCGAAGAAGGAAAGAAGAUGCGCGUCUGUUCGAACCAAAGGAGGGAGUCGCGUCCCGUUCAUCUCCGAGACAUCUCCAUUUUUCCAGGAGCAAGUUUCCAGACUCAACUCCAGUGCGGCCGACUCGCUCUACGUGGCUACUAUGCACACGCUCUUGCAGCGCUACGAGGAGCUAACGGAUGUGGCAUAG